GCCUAGCUUUCUGUAGGAUCGUUGAAGAACUGCAUUUGUUACACUUUCCACUUUCUACCAUAUUAUGGUAGAAAUCUGUUGUAGACGGAUUAAAAGAAAGCGCUUAUAAAUUCUAUUUUUUAAAUAGAAAUGACUGUUCUUGUUGUCAAUGGUUAGAUAUUAAGGGAUUUUAUAUAGUUAAGAACGAUCGAGUUUGCGUCCAGAAUCACGCGAUGAGACCCUUUCCACAACAUUCUGCAAAAGUUUCCGCUGCAGACUGUAUAGAAUAUACCGAUUUCUCCAGCUGCCCAGCUUAACAGCCUGGCAAAGUUAUUUCCCGCAAGUUUUAUUGCUGUUUGACUCCACGUUUAGUGUCUCGUGAACCAUGAGAGAUGUUUAUCUGGGCACCACUCACGAAUCCUAUUUAAGUUUGAAUGACAUCAUGGUAACCGAGGAGAAAAUCAGCUGUUCACUUCGGGUCGAUUUCGCGGGUCUCGGAUACAUCCAUCCUAAUAGUGCUUCUGGAGAUUUGCUUGCCACUCCGCAUCCAAAUGUAUUCACAGUCUUAGAUUUGCCGUUGUGGAUGGCGCAAGCGUUAUAUGACCGGAGACAUGUCGAAGUUCGUGUGCCUAAAGCCUACCAGGAAGAUGCUCGACGUAUUUUGAAGGCCGAUCCCGGUGUGGUUGAUCUACGUAAAGAAUGCACAGCUGGGGCGAAAUGGAGAUUCUCGGAAAAUUACUAUGCUUUGGGACUUUAUGUGAUACCGAUGUCAGUCAGGGACCGUACUGAGAUCCAGAAAUCAUUGACGGAUACUUUUAUUCAUCGAUUUCGAAAGAUUUUUGACUGGUCAAACAGCACGCAUCGCGACAUUCUUUCGCAAUACACAAAUCGACUGGACAGGUCGGAGGUGCAACUUCUUAAAACCGGAAAAGCCGAACAGACGAUGGUUGUUCAGUGGCUAGAGCGGAAAUCCAAGGUGUUAAAGGCUUCCACUCUGGUAAAAGAAAGUAAAACUACAAGACCACCGCCUAUGUUUUCUGAACGACAGGUUGUUAAAAGGGCGCGUGUCUAGGUAACCUUAUGUGAUAGUGCUGUCUCUUUGCUGGGUGCCCGUGAUUUGUAUUUUUUGUUGUUUUUAUUGCAUUUCUUGUAUUCUUAACGUCCUUUUUUGUGCCGGCAAAAUUGAUAAUCUGACACUGUACUUACUGAAAUCAGUGAUGAUUACCGAAAGUGUGUACAUUUAUUGUGUUGUGGUUAAUCUUGUGGAAAUUUACUAUGCUGGGAGUCUGGGACCCUGGGUUUUCAUACGUAAUUAGCUGUGAAGGCAACGUACGUAUCCAAAUUAUGUACUGUACCUCUUAAUUUUAAAUUGAAACUAUUCCAUGAUUAUUAAAAACAAAGGGAACUGUAC